AUGGGGCGUAUUGCCUCAGGCGCCAACCAUCCCACAUUCUGGGGCCUUCAGGGAGGGCCACGCUGCUUCGGACGCUCCAAGCUGCAAUUCAGAUUAGGAGACAAUAAAGGUGGCCUUGAAACGUCCCUUGGAGUCUGGCUUCCGACAUCACAUCCACACCACACCGCCUGCCCCGGGCUCCCUUUUGUCGACGGAGCUUUGGAAACGCACGCGAUCCGCCUGCUUCCCGACGAUUGCCCCCCAUUUCGAAAGCCCUCCUUUUAUUUACACCAAUCCGCCGCCGAGCGCGAAGCUACGGUCAAGAUGGCGACGCCGUCGCAGAUGCUCACGAAGUUCGAGUCCAAGUCGUCUCGUGCGAAGGGCAUUGCCUUUCACCCCAAGAGACCAUGGAUCUUGGUGUCCCUCCACUCGUCUACCAUCCAGCUGUGGGACUACCGUAUGGGCACGCUCAUUGACCGCUUCGAAGAGCACGAUGGCCCUGUCCGCGCCGUCGCUUUCCACAAGACGCAGCCCCUCUUCGCAUCGGGUGGCGACGACUACAAGAUCAAGGUCUGGUCGUACCAGACAAGACGGUGCCUGUUCACCCUCAACGGCCAUCUCGACUACGUCCGCACCGUCUUCUUCCACGAUGAGCUUCCCUGGAUUGUUUCGUGCUCCGAUGACCAGACCAUCCGGAUAUGGAAUUGGCAGAACCGCUCGCUGAGUACGAUGGCACCUCGACUCCCAUCGCAUCCCCUGUGUUGA